AUGUACACCGCGUCCCUUCGCUCUUCUCUCCCUCCCACUCCCACCAUCUCCCGCUUGCCUAUCUCCAUCAACCCACACGAACGCCCAAGCAUGCCCCCCCUCCCUCCCUCCCCCUCCGCCCAACUCCUAACCCUCCAACGACACCUCAGCUCCAUCCGCACCCAGCUCCCCCGCCUGCUCUCCAGUCCCUCCCUCGCUCUCCAAGCCCAGUACACGAGUGAGCUGAGGGAAGAUCUUGAGUUUGUUACACGGGGGGUUAGGGCGCUGGAGGUUGUGCUUGAUGGGGAGGAGGGGGAGGGGAGGAUGAGGGCCGAGCUGGGGAAGAUGAGGGCCGAGCUGGACAGGUUGAAGAAGGAGACCCGGGCCGCGGUACUCAAGAGCAAGAAGAACCUCGAUAGCAGGAAUAAGAGGCUCGAGCUCCUAGCCGGAGCACCGGAGGAUCUCAUCCAAGAAAAGUCCGGUACAUCUCUCCGUGCUCGUUCCCUGCUGAGCAGACCACGCAGGUCAGACGACGCCCUAACCGACAAGUCUAACGAAGUCACCCUCGCAUUACGCCGUACGACAGCGCUCAUGCAGCAGGAAGUCGAGCGCUCUGUGCUCUCUACCCAACUCCUGGCCGAGUCCUCUCGCACCCUCCACUCAGCGUCAAAUGCCUACUCCUCCCUCUCCGGCUUACUCGGCAUUAGCAAAACCCUCAUCACUGCGCUCGAACGUGCGGACUGGCUAGAUCGCGCGCUGAUCUUCGCAGCCCUGGCGGUGUUCCUCUUAGUGGUAGCGUUUAUCUUUAAGCAGCGGGUGAUCGAUCGAGGCGUCAGGCUGGCGUUCUGGUGGGUCAGAUGGCUCCCGAGCUUUGGAGACGAGGGCCUGGAUAUAGAGAGUGCUGCGGAGAGGAAGCAGAAGGUACGGGAGGUGCUGACGAGCGUGCUGACUACGACUAGUACGGCACUGGCGGCUGCGAUGUCCAUGUCCAUGUCGAUGGAGGGAGGGAAGGGCGCGAGCGUGAGAGUCGAGACUGUCACUGAGAUCGUGACGGUCUCCAAGUUUGUGGAUGUCGAGUCGACGGGUAAUAGCCUGGAAGACGGCUCUGUGCUCCCAUCGCCUACUCUGCGGACAGGCACGGCGCAUGGAGUCAGCCCUACCGAGGCUCCAGAACCAGCUGCCCAGGAGUUCGCCUUCAUCGUAGACUCCUUUCCUGACGAAGCUAUGCCAUUAGAAGACCCAUACACGGCCGUACCACCCGCAGAGGCAUCACCCCCCCGGCAGAGAGUAGAGUUGUAG